UUUUUGGACUUUGAAGCUGAGAAUUUGUUUAAAGAAGUGGUUGAUGAUUGAUGAACUCCACCUAUGAAUUUGGCAUUAGGAUAUCCAAGGGACAAAGAUGGAGGAUGUUUUCAGAUGAGGAUAUCAUACAGUCCAGCAGCCCCUAUUUUUCUAUUUCUUGUUCAGUGGGCAGAUUUUCGCCUCGCUGGUGCUCUGGGUUUGCUGAGAAUUCUAAUUUAUGUGACGUAUGAGAAUGGGAAUAAUACUAUGUCAAUGUAUGAAAGGAAAGCAAGCAUUAGACAAUUUUACUGUAAGUUACUGUUAUAUGCAGUAGAGAUGAAUGUAUACUCAAUUACUUAUAGCUUUAUGCUUUUUGCUCCCAGG